AUGCUCUACUCAAUCAAGAUGUUCGGUGCAGGCAUCGAGCUCGCGCUUAACGUCGCCGUCGCCCUGCUUAUGGCAAUCUGCAUGAGCAACGGAUGUAACUGCUGCCUGAAGCAGGACGUUGGCCUCGCUGAGGAGUGGUCGCGUGCCUCGGGGAUGGCGGUAGCAACGGACGCAGGGAAGAAGAAGAGGUCGCCGCGAGAGAACAACAAGCGCGGACGGAGAAGUGGAGGGUGGGACCCAGACGCCACCGACGACGAUCUGGUCGAUGUUGAUGCUGCCGAGGAAGCCUCGAUCCAAGACGAUCCGCUCAUCUUCCACCCGGUUGGUGGACCCCAGUACGAUUACCCCAAUGAGGCUACGGCGGGCGCUCGCGUGGUCUAUCUCGAGGAGAACGACGACACGCCGCCGGUCCGUGUACGUUUCCCCUCCGGCUUCACGUAUUGGGUGUGGCGCGAACACCUGAUCGGCGGAGAUGGAAUGGCAUGGCGCGGGCUUGGCAGGCCGCAACUCUUGAGCAGCGACGACGCAACAAGGGCGUCGGGCAUACAGCCAAGGUUGCACUACCUGGACAAUCUGAGGACGUUCCUUACGCUGGUCGUGCUCUUGCACAACGUUGGGUGUGCCUUCACUGGCGACUCUUGGUACUACGCCAUCGGCGGAUACGUCAACGAGUACCAGGGUGUUAUGUUUGUGCUGGCUACCCUUGUGCAGGCCGUUGUCUGGCCGCUCUUCUUCUUCGUCUCGGGCUACUCCGUGUGGCGCUCCCUGCAGCUGAAAGGGUCUCGCGACUUUGUGCAGGAACGCGCAUCGCGGCUGGGGACUGCUUAUAUCGCCUACUCCUUCCUUCUUGGCCCGGCACUCGUGUGCUACGCCCAGUACCUCCAGGGGCCUUGCGUGGGCGCGAGCACGUAUUUGUCAGAAGAGUCCGUCGUUGUCUACCCAGCGGGGUGGAAUUGGGUUCUGGAUGGAAUCCGGAGGAGGCUCCGGAGCCUGUCGCAGGCCGACGAGCCGCCCUCAGAGCACCAGGCUUGGAUGUCCAUGGGCCUGCCGUCGCCGUGGAGCGAGAGCCCCCAAUUCUCGGACUGGGAGGGCUGGACCUGCAACGAAAAGUACCGAUAUCUCCCCGCGCCGGGACAUAUGUGGUACGCGGGCUGGCUCUUUUUGCUCACAUUUGGCUUCGCGCGCUGGUACGACAGCCGUGGUGCCAAUGCGUUCAUUCCGUGGGCCGUGCCACCUGGGCUCUGCUCGAGCGCGCUCCUCGGGGCGCUGGUGGGCAUUGCACAGCGCUUCGUGGUCCGCAUGAACGUCGGCGCUCUCGCUGGCAUGCCGCUGACGUUUGGCUCCUUGACGUUCAAUGUCGUCUUCUUCUUCGCCGGCGUCGCAGCGAAGCAAAACAAGUGGCUCAGCGCGGCUCUACCUGACUUUUCGUCUUCGAGACGCCACAGCGCACAGCUCGUCGCGGCUGUGAGUGGAGUGGUGCUGUGCGGCGCCGCCUUCGGAGUCAGCUACCACGGCAUCAAUAGCGUGCCGGGCGCCGUCGCUUUUGUCGCAGCCGGCGUCUGGUGCUUCACAUUUGCAGAGGUUAUGCUAGACCUCUUCUCGCGCGCCUGCAACUUCGAAUCCAAACGCAGCCGCUUCUUUGCCCAGAUCGCCUAUGGUGUCUACUUUAUCCAUCCGCUCGUGGUCGUUCCAGUGACGCACUCGUACGUGAUGCUGCUACGCAGCAACGGCGAGGUGAUCACCUUUGAUCGCCCAUGGGGCGGCUCCGACUCGUUCCUGUCCUCGCCUCUCCUCCUCCUAGCAGGUUUCGUGUACACCUCGAUUCUGUCGAUAGCCAUAUGCUGCGUGGUCGCGUCGUGCCUUUCUCUGUGA